AGAGACAGAGUCGCGUUCAGAGGGACUGAAAAGAAGACAACAUUUUCAACUUUUGCAAGAAUCAUCUCAACGAUGGCAGUGCAUUGAUUUCAACAGUGCUCCUGUGGUGAUUAGGCAGAGAGUGUUUUUUUUUUCUUAAGGAGGAUAUGAUGUGCUCUACAAGAUGACAGGUUCACUUCCAUCACAAAAGCAGGCACUGUGGAUUCUUAGUGUGGUUCUGAUCACUGCAGCCGGAGAGGACAUCCCUUGUCCAAAAGGAGGUCAGAUCCACCUUCCCAGCCAGCGAUGCUAUUGGCUCUCUGAGAUGACAUUUUCAUGGCCUGAAGCACAGGAUUCAUGCAGAGAGACUCAGGGAGGAGAUCUGGCCUAUGCUGACAGCCUGGAGCUGCAAACCUUCAUCCACUACUCCUUUCCAGUGAAAACCACUGUGUGGGUAUGGCUGAAGGGAUCAGAUGGAGAAGGGUCUGACCAGGUUGGGGUUUUGAAGCCAGCAGGGCCAUCAUGGUGGGCCGGAGCCAGUGAAAGUCAGGCGGUAUGUACUCAAAUGGCCUUGGGGACACAGAAACGGUGGAGGAAGGCUCAAUGUGCUGGAAGACACCUCUUUCUCUGUGAAAAAGAUUUAACUGAAUCUUUACCAUCUGUGGCCAGUUUCGUGACUGGAGUUGUCCUCAUGACCGGCAUCUAUGCUCAGACCCAGAUACACCCCUUCCCCAAGGUCCCAGACAUCGGUCAACUCACAGUGGAGAUGCAGCUGUUCCCAGGGAUGUGGUUCAGUCAUGCAGGUCAGUUGGUAUCAGUGGAGCUGGUGGUCCAGCCCAGCCCAGUGUCCUCUCUGGCCCGUGUCCAAAUCCUCCGACCCUACUGCAACCCCAACCACCACCUGGUACCUCCAGGUUGCAGCUCUCUCCUUAAUCCAUUUAGCUGUUGCUCAGCAGUCCCACUAUGUAACACCACAGGAGGCUGCAGCAUGGGCCAGUACUGGUGCCACCUCCUGGAGGCCUGUGUCCGCCACACCAGUCCCUGCAGCCCCUAUGACUCCGCAGUAACGGGCCGUGGCUUUACUUUACCGCCCAGAUAUCCUGCAAUACCGCCGUUCUACCACCUGGUGACAGACCUGCCUCUGAGAAUAAACCCUAGCUCUGAAUUAAAAACUAUAAGACUGCUUCUUCCAGAUCAAGCAAUCAUGGUGUACCCUGAUGAUAUCGUGGCUAUACAACACACUCGCGACUCUGGAACAUUCCUACAUUGUCUGAACAAAGAAGUUUCUCUAAACUCCCCUUGGCGCCAGAGUUACAUGUCCCUUAGAGGGUCCGACUGGGGAGGCUGGUGGGAGGGAGGCCUCACUUCCCUGCCCCAAGAAGGCCUGUGGGUAGACGGGGUGGUGUGUGAUCUGAGGAUGCUGUACAUGGACAAUCUUCACAGAGGUACCGAGCAUGAUAACUUUGGCUUCACCCACAGAGUCACAACCACAUCUCCAGAUAUUUGGGCCCAGACAACUGGUCUUACUCCAAAUCCGAGAUCUAAAUUUGGGCUUAUGGUCAUCCACCCAGUGCCCGAUGAAAAUAAUCAGAUUCAUGUCCAAAUCGAUGCCCCAACACUCGUUGUUGUCAAGGUCCUGUUUGGAGAGAAAGCCAGGAGCUCAUGGUCAGCCCCAGUUCUCCAGACCGGGAUCCCCUUCCGUCCAUCUUGCCCUGAAGAGGUGGCUCAGUCUUGGCCAGGCUGUAAGAGAUAUUCCCACAAUGACUGGUUCUCUUCAGUGACUCUGGUGUUGCCAUCAGUCGGGGUUCAAACGCUGAACAUCAGUGUGUUGGAUGCAGUAAGCUCUCAGAGUGUGAGUGUGAAGGUUUGUGGCUACAAGGCAGUGACAGGGCUUAGCGUUAAGCCACAUGGAUGCCUGAGGAUGCUUGUAGAGACCGCACAGUCAUUUAUAGCCAAAGUGCAGAGUGGUUCCUCAGUCAAAUUCACAUGGGUGAUUGACAAUCUGGAGAUGUUGUCCCAUGAAGGAGAAUCUUACAGUGUAGUUUUCAAGAAACCUGCCGAGUAUAAGCUCAGGGUGACAGCCUCCAACCCUGUGAGCUUCCAGAGCCAGCAAAUCCUCCUCACUGCUGAUGAAAUGACCCCACUGGCUGAGCCAGAGUUUCUGUUAGUCAAGGAGGUUGUAGCUGUGGAUGCUACACACCUCUACACCAUUAGGGUCAAAGUGGACAUCUCCCUGCCAAUCACGUUCAGGUGGGAUUUUGGGGAUGGCAGUAGCAAAGUGAUCCACACCCAGUCUGCCCCAUGUCAGACCAUGGAAGGGCUUAUGGAGAGAGGAGAGAAGCAGGUGUAUGUCCACGACUCGGUGAACUAUACAUAUUCCAUCCCAGAUGACUAUACACUUCAUGUUCAAGUCGCCAACCAAUAUGACAACACUGACGUGUCCACGAAGAUAAGUGCCCGUCCUCAAUUAAAUCACCUCCUCAUUUCCUCUUCCCUUCCCGUGCCCCUCGUCAAACAGACUCUUCUUCUGGAAGCUUCCGCUGAGCCCUCCUCCUAUGCAGUCGUCUACACUUGGGACUUUGGCGAUGGCUGCAAAGCUGUCGAAGGCAUCAACCAUAAAAUUAACCACACGUUUGCUUCUGCAGGGGUUUAUAAUGUCACAGUGUGCGCUAACAACGCUGUUACAGUCCUGACCACCUGGCUCAUGGUGGAAGUUAUGGAUAAAAUCUCUGGAUUAAUGAUCAGCUAUAAUGGACCCAGUGAACUAAGCUGUGCUACAGACUUCAGAGCUUCAGUGGCCACUGGUACAAGUCUCAAGUGGAAUUUUGUCUUUGGUGAUGGGUCAUUGCAGGGAAACCUUACAGAUGGUUCAACCUCCCACAUCUAUAAGUCACCAGGGAACUAUACAGUGGAUGUAACUGUCUUGAAUUCUGUCAGCCAAGCUCAUCAGUCUAUCAGUGUAGAGGUCUAUAGGUUGGCUAUUAGUGGAGUUCUCCCUAAAGAAUGUGUCAUGAGUGGAAGAGACAUACAGCUUAGAGCUCUGGUGAAUGGGAACAUAUCUAUUAUUACUUUCCAUUGGCUGUUUGGAGAUGGAUCGCCUCUGACUGUAGUGAGGGGACAGUCAACUGUCAUGCACACAUUUCAAAGCCAAGGGAUUUUUCACAUCAGUUUGACUGUGUUUAGUUCUAUUACAUCUGUAUCAUUUGAUACAAGUAUCUGUGUCGAAGCACCAAUAACUAACAUGACAGUGCAGUCACCACAGGAAGUAGUGGCAGUAGGAGAAGAGGUAUGCUUUAGAGUGUUAGUUUUCCCGGAACAGAUGACAGGUUACCAAUUUAAAUGGUUUAAACGGCCCUCUAGUCUCAUUCCCAUGACAGAAAAUGCUCAAAAGUGUUUCAUCUUUAAAGAUGAAGGUAUUGAAGAAGUAUCAGUAACGGCAAGUAACAAAGUCAACAACAAAACAGCCACAGCUAGUAUCACCAUUCAGAACCCUGUGAGGGACCUGUCUGUGGCGCAUGAUAGUCAAAGUGACACACUGAUGGUCAAUACAUUAGCAUCAUUUUGGGUUGCUAGUUGCACUGGCAGCAAUGUGUCAGUGCUGUGGGACUUUGGAGAUGGCUCUCCAUUGGAGCAGAAGCAAAAUGUGUCACAUGUCUUUACCUCGACGGGUCAGUUCACCAUCACCGCCACAGCAUUUAACGCUGUUAGUCGUGAUUCUGUGACCAUUAAAGUAAAUGUUUUACUUCCUGUUUCAGACCUUUUACUUCACACCAACCAGCCUUAUGCUGUAGCAGGAGAAGAAACUCUUAUCUCAGCAAUUAGCAGUGCUAUCAGUAGCACCAACUACUACUGGACUGUGGAUGGUAUGACCUCAACCAAACAGGGGACUUAUCAGUUUAGAUAUACUUUCCUGAAACCAGGAGUGUAUCAAGUGAUGGUUGUAGCACAGAACUUGGUGAGCAGAAAAGAGGCAGCUAUUUUAAUUGAGGUCUUUGAAAGAAUAGAGGGUCUUCAGAUUAAAUGCCAGCACCUGACAAACCUGAAAUAUGUACCAACCCAAGAGGAACUGCCAUUUAUUGCUUCAUUCACCAAGGGCUCCAAUGUCACUUAUCACUGGCUUGGUACACAGAAUGGAAUAAAUCGACAAAUUACUGGUGAUGGAAAGUUUUUUUAUAUGUUAGCUGAAACUCCUGGUGGGAUUUCAGUUCAGCUAACUGCUUCUAAUAAGUUGGGUCAGGCCACCAGCAUUGUUUCUUUAGUGGCAGUACAGCGUGUAACAAGUGCACUAAUUACAACACAAUCAAACAUUGUGGCAUUAGGUAAAGUAGUGAAUAUCUCUGUAUCUGUGGUUACCGGGUCAGACCUACAGUACCUUUGGUUUGUGAAAUCUGAUCUUCCACCCCUGCAGACACAGGAGCCCUUUCUCCUCCACACCUUUACAAGUUUGGGUCAUUGUCUUUUCAAAGUUUCUGUUCAGAAUGUCCUCAGCCACAGCAAUGUCACCAAAGACUUUAAUGUUCAGGAGGAGGUCCAACAGGUGGACUUUGAAAUUGAAGAAAGAAAUCAUCCAUUUUAUAUCACCACAAGUGCUGUCGUUCCUCUCCAUGGCCUCAGUUGGAAGGGUAGUGAUCUGCACUGGAACUGGAACAUUAGAGGGGCAGAAAACACACUUUUUACUGCCAGUAAUCAGACCUUUGUCUACACUUUCCCACAUGCAGGCAUUUAUCAAGUGUCUUUGAAUGUCUCCAAUUGGAUCAAUUGGCAGCUGGUUUCCCACACUGUUACAGUCCAGGAUGCAAUCAAAAGUCUAAUGCUGAACAUUUCCAAGUCUUCGUUCUGCACCAAGGAAAAUGUUACUUUUAUUCCAACAAUCUCUGACGGCAGCAAUGUAAGCUUUGUUAUAACAUUUAGAAGCGAAAACUGGACUCAUAGUCAGGGUAUUCUCAAAGGGCGGCUCACCACAUCAAGCCUUCCAGCAGGGACACUUACAGUUACAGUGAGAGCUUGGAAUCUGGUCAGUAGUGCAGAGGUGUCCUCCAGCAUUCUGGUCACUGAGGAUAUUCAAGGUUUGCGACUUCUAAACUGCUGUUCUGCUGCUCUAGAGGCUCUGAAAGGAAUCCAGUUCAAGGCAGAAAUUCAAAGUGGACUUCCCGCCAAUUACACCUGGAUAUUUCACUUGGCAGGGUCUAAGCCCACAUGGCUGAUGGGACAAGAAGUCAUCUUUACUUCACCAGGGAAUGGUUCAUUGUCUGUUAGCGUGUUAGCCACCAAUGGAUUCUGUUCCAAGAUACUAAAUGAUACUGCUACAGUUCAGUGGCCUGUUAAGAACGUCAAGCUGGUCUGUCACUCAGAAAGAAUAUUUGUUGGGCAUGCUGUCACAUUUUCUGCAACAGUGAAUGGAGGGAGCAACCUCAGGUACCUCUGGGACUUUGGAGACUCCACUGAAGCACUAGUGACAGACUUAAGCAGAGUCUGUCAUACUUAUUAUAUUCCUGGGAAAUACAGUGUUAUGGUCAAGGUUCACAACAGUGUCAGCCAUGUGUCCACACUGUUACACAUGGAGGUGGAGAAGCUCCAGUGUUCCAGCCCUCAAGCUUCAAUUGUACAGAGCCAUUCUACCAUCUUCAGGUCUAGACCGAGUUUCUUUGAAGCAAAUGUGGACAUUAAGUGUUCUGCUUACAAAACCACAUACCUAUGGGAGAUACUCAAAAAGUCAGAUUGCACCAAUGCCAACUUGGAAUUCUCUGGGAACAAAGUCAUUCUUACAAGACAGGUAGAUGCAACUUCACCUUUUCUCUUGCUCCCAAAGCACACUCUCGAUAUGGGAAAGUAUUGCCUGGUAUUCACUGUUUCACUCCAGGGGACUCCUCUACGUGUCCAACGAAAAACCAGCAUUACAGUAGUCCACUCCCCACUUGUAGCUGUCAUCAAGGGAGGCUCACAAAGACUGUGGCCCAGCCUCAGUGACCUUGUUCUGGACGGAUCUGAGUCCCAAGACCCUGACGUAGAGCCAGGAGUGGAGGAUGCACUGCAGUAUCACUGGACCUUUGUGACAGUGGUGACUGUGUGCGAAGCUCCUGUGCUUCCUGUGAUUGUGGAAUGUGUGUCCAGUUCUGUGUUGUCCUCCCCUCACUACAUUAGUUACACCCCCAUCAUCCUCUCUGGACAGUGUGGACAGUGUGAUGACCAGGCUCAGUACAAAUGGAGUGCUGAAGACCAGACUGGCAUGAGCCUCGAGCUUAACAAGGUCACCACCUCUACAGGGAGACAUUCUCCUAACUUGGUGGUGCAUUCAGGUGUCCUGCAACCAGGGCAGAGUUAUACCUUCACUCUCAAUGUAUCCCAGCCUGGAAGAGGGCAGUGGGGUAGUGCCAGUCUGACGAUACUACCUAACAAUCCUCCACACGGCGGGCUGUGUGAUCUCAGUCCAGAAUCAGAUAUACAUCUGCUGGAGACAGUGGUCACUUACAACUGUACAGGGUGGCAAGAUGAUGAAAGCAGGGCCUCUCAGCUGAUCUAUACCUUUCAGGUAGCAUCAUGCCAGCCCAUUGGCACAGAGUGCCCCCUGCUCACUCUGUACAGGGGUACUCGUUCAACAUUUGGCAGCCUGGUUCCAAUGGGAAGUCCUGGGAAAGAAAGAAAAAUGUCAGUUAUCUCAGUUAGAUUGCUGAUAGAAAACCUUCUAGGGGCAAAGGUCAUUGCUCUGAACAGACCGCUGACAGUUGAAAAUCCUGCAAGGGACGAAGUUGCUAGUCAGUGGCUCAGAAACAAGAGCCAGACAGAGCUGUGGGCUUUAGUCCAACAUGGCAACCCACAAGAGAUCAUCCCUUAUUCCAUUGCCCUCACCAGCCAACUCAAUCAGAUGGAGUCUGGACAGACUGCCAGGGAGCUCAUGGACAGAAGGGAGAUCCAGGAAAAUGUGAUCCAAGCCCUGGCCUCUCUCCCCAUGUCCACAUUGCUGGAUGUUGAUCAGAUCAGCUCCGCAUUGUCACAGUCUAUUGCUGUUUCUAGUGAAUUGGUAUGUGAUAACUGCCAAGAGAAAGUUAUGGAAGCUGUGGGGAAGAUGAUCCGUGUAAUGGAGGAACAGAUGAGUCCUGGUGUUUUGUCAGCUGCUGAAACAGGAAGGAACAUCCUUAACAUCAUAGGUAGAACGCUGGCUGCUGUGUCUGAGUCUGUCAGUGCUUCCAGUUCGCACCCAGCCUACUCAAGCACUCUGCAGUCAGCAUCCGCAAUCGCCUUGUCAGCACUGGGUCACGCAGGGGCCUUAAUGCGCUCACUGAUGCAUGCACGUGUUCUUGGCGAAGCACCCCUUUUACUUUCCACUCCUUACAUCAACACAGUGGGUUUCCAAGGAGACCCUGCCGACCUCCUCUGCACUCACCAGUCCCACCAAAACCAAAUCACCCCGUCUCAGUCAUCAUCAACUGACCAAUCAAAGAGUUCUCUAUGUCAGUUUCAUAUCCCCGCCUCCCUUACUGCUUACCUGAAGAUUCAGAAGUCUGAGGUGGUACAGGUACUGUUUGAUGUGGAUGCAGAAUUAGGAUCUAACCCUUUGCUGACUGCAGCCGACCCUCCAAUUUCCACCACUCUAGUUGCCAUGGAGCUCACCACGCCUCAGGGCCAGUUCAUACCCAUCCAGGACCUGGACCAUGAACAGGCCAUACAGGUCACCCUGCCCAACAAGUACCCUGUGGGACAUGACGACAGGGGUGGUGAUGGGACAGUAGGUGAAGCUGGGAAUGGGACAUGUCUUAGUGUAACACUUCCCACUGAAGGAACGUUGAACUUCACAGUCAAAGCUGUGGAUGGUCUGGAUGAAAAUGCAGGUUUAUAUAUCUCCUUCAACUUCAGCCUGGACCCAGGAGCUACUCCUGUGAGUCUGGGACAUGUGAAGAUAGAAGUGAACUCUACAGUGCCAGGGACUAAUGCAUCCCAGAAUUCCCUAUUGAGAGAGUGGGCUCUCAAUCUCUCUGCUCCAACCACCUCCACAGAGGAAACCAUCUUUCUGUCUCCGCUCUUGAACGGGACACACAAGCCUCUCUCAGUCAACCUGACCUCAUCUCUGGUCGACGGCGGUCCUGUCCAUGUGUCAGUGUGUGUGUUCAGCUCUCUGUGCCAGUACUACAGCGUGAAGGAGAAGCGUUGGAGCAGUGAUGGUCUCCAACCACUGGAGGGGAGCACACUCCACGCAGCACGCUGUCUCACCCAGCACCUCACCGUGUUUGGGGCCAGUUUGUUUGUUCAUCCUGGGGCCGUUGUUCUGCUGGCACCGUCAGGCGGUCCCAUGCGUAACAUGGUGGUGGGGAUUGUGUGUGCUGUCCUGGUUCUGAUUCACCUGCUGGUGGGGCUCAUCGCACAUAAACUGGACCACUUGGACAGUUUGAGACUGAGCCAGGUCCCCCUGUGUGGCCAUCCUGGGCUGUACCACUACAGAGUGCUGGUCAAGACUGGCCGGCGGCAAGGAGCAGGCACCACAGCACAUGUUGGCAUCAGCCUGUAUGGUGUGAACAAGAGCGGCUCUCGCCAUCUCCAGAGGGAUGGAGCUUUUCAGCGUGGCAGCCUGGACCAGUUUCACCUGGAGACAGAUGACAACUUGGGAGAGGUUUGGAAAAUACGCAUCUGGCAUGAUAACACAGGUCUGGACCCGUCCUGGUACGUUCAGCAUGUGGUGGUUUGGGACCCUCUGACAGACCACAUGUUCUUCUUCCUGCUGGAGGACUGGCUCUCUGUGGAGAAUCAGAAGAACGGCUCUGUGGAGAAAGAAGUUCUCGCCUCAUGUCCCGAGGAGCUUUCUCAGUUUCGACGGGUCUUUACCUCCCAGCUGAUGUUUGGGAUGGUUGAGCACCACCUGUGGCUGUCGCUGUGGGAACGCCCUGCCCAUAGCCGCUUCACCAGGGGUCAGAGGGUUACCUGCAGUGCUCUCACGCUGCACCUCUACCUCGCACUGGGGGCUCUGUGGUACGGGGCUGUUGGCACAGAGGGGCACAGCGUACCUGUUUCAGCCCAGCUGCUAGUUUACGUGGAGGCGGUUGCUGCUGGAAUGACUGUUGCAGUGCUGGUGUUUCCUCUCCAGUGGUUCCUCUGUUUCCUGUUUAGAAAAGUUCACAGUCAGGUUACCAUGGACAUGUCAGUUCCUCCUUCUCCUGUUUGUCACUCUGUGGAGAUGGAUGUCCACCUUGGCCAAUCGGAGCUCUCCGGCCCUUCAUUCCUGUCUCUCCCAGACUCCUCCGGCCCAGUCCGGGAUAGUCCUUCAUCUUUACUGGAGAGCAAGGCGUUUGACUCCAGUAUCCUGGACUUUUGGGCUGGUUUGGCACCCCAGAAAGAUGGAGCAUGUCAAGAGGAGGACAUAAGGACAUGGCCGUCAUGCGACAGCCUCCUCAAUCUAUCAGUAGGCCCGUGCCUCACCAACAAAACUCUAGCUCCCGAAAUCUGCAAGGCUUCACCUGCUCUUCUCCCAAAACGCCAGCUGAAGAGAAAAAAGGCCCUGAUGCAGCUGCACCCGGCCUCACCCUCCUCCACUGAUUCAUCUAGUGCCCUUCUCUCUCCCCUUUCCACAUAUCCCCCCUCAAAAGACAUCUCCAGUUCUCACCAAUCCCCUGCUGCGUCUGGCCAAAAGGUCUCCACCAGGAACAUCAACUCAGUACAAACCCAUAACCACAAUCUGACAACACUUCUGACUCUGUCUGAUGAGGAUCUGCUGAUGUCUAUAGCAGCAGCAGCAGAGGAUACAGCAGAUAUAACUAACAGCAACUCAGACAGCGGCCGGGAUUCACCUAGGACCACCUCCUCACUCUCAACCACCCGAAGCACCUCCUGCAGCAGCUGGUCAGAACAGAGUGAGGAUAACUCCCUGUAUGGUGCAGAGAUCCACAAGCCAGACCCACAGUGCUGUCCCUCCCUGUAUGGGGCAGGACUCUACAAGUGUCCCUCUGUGCUCUCUGUAGACUCCGUAGCCAGCACCUUCCUGCCGAGCCCUUCUCCUGACUCUACACUUUCCUUCUCCACCACACGCAUAGGUGUUGCUCGAGGUCAGCCCAGCUGGCUGCUCCCUCCUUGGGCACUGUGUGUGAUUUACCCUCUGGUGGCUCUGCUGUUAGGGUCCUGCCUGGCUGUGGUCGGUCUGUACGGCAGCUUCUUGUCUAGAACAGUAGUCCUCAUGUGGCUAAUAUCGGCUCUCUCUGCCUUUCUUACCUCUGCCCUGCUACUGGAACCUCUCAAGGUGUGUGUGCAGGCUUUGAUCUACACAACACUUUGGAGGCCUGUGGAUCCAGAGGUCGAGGACCAGCUGGCUCAGGAGACUACUGUGGUGAGGGCAUUUGGAGAGCAUGGUGGGAAGGUUCGGCCACUAUGCGGCUAUGGGCUGCUACAGGCAAAAGAAGAGGCCCGCAAAGUCCGAGCUCUGCAAUCACUUAUGAGGCAUUGUGUGUGCCAGCUGUUAUUUCUAUUGCUGGUGCUGAUGGUGAACUACCAGGACAGCGCAGAGCAGAGGCAGGGCAGGCUGCUGCACUCCGCUGUCAGACGUCGUCUACACACAGCACCCUCAGGCGUCCCUAAUCUCACCUCACUCAGAGACUGGUCAGAUGCAGAGCAGUGGAUCAACCACACCUUAGGACCACACAUACACCAAAACCUUCCACUACGCCUCGUUGGAUUGCCACGACUGGAGUACACACAUGCUCUCAGUCCUCUGGCAAGUGUCUUUUGGGGAAAUAGCAGUUUAACAACACGGCAGCUCCUGGCUGACCUGCACAUGGCAGACUGGAGUAAGAAACAGUGUAAAAUGCUUUCUAUCAGCUUCACGCACUACCACAGGGAGUCUGGUUUAUUUGUGUGUGUGUCUGUACAACUACAGUGGGCUCAGACACAGAGAGUCACCCCCUGUCUCUCCAUCUAUCCCUUCCUCAUUCCUUCAUCCCUCUCUGGACUGGACCUGCAGGUGGCACUUACGGUUCUUCUUCUCAUCUCUGCUCUCCUAAUCUUGUUUGGAGAACUGUGGUCCAUGACUACUAAGCGUGGCCAGGACCUGCGUCAAUGCAGACACUGGUUCCAGCUUCUCCUGGCCUUGUUGUCCCUGACAACAGCUAUCCUGCAGCUCUGCUUCCUAUCCCAGGCUACUUUCUGUCUUACCAAGACUCUAUUGAAUAUAUACUCAUUUCCAUUACUGUGCGUUCCAGCUGCUGGGAACCUUGAGGUUUGUGCGGUGGUGGGUGGGGAUGGGCAGAGUUCUGCAGAGAGCCUGGAGGGAGCUGUGGGCUCUGACUGUCCUACUGCUGCUGCUGCUGCUGCUCUGUACUCACCUAGGAAACACGUUGAAGGUUUCCUGUCGGUACAUCAGACCGGUGUCUCAGUGCUCUCCAUCCUGCGCGGCCGGUUGGCUCUCCAAAGAUUAUGCAGGGUUCACCCAGUCCUUGGGCCUCUCUAUGGGCUACUACUGAUGGGGGGAGGUGUUUGGCUAUUUGCCAAACUUUGUGGAGCGGUUCUCAUCCGUACAUACAGGGCGGAGCAGGCUGAGCUGCACCAUCCGAACAUUGAACCCCAGGACUAUGAGAUGGUGGAGUUUUUUAUCAAAAGACUCAAGCUUUGGAUGGGACUCACCAAAGCUAAAGAAUUCAGGCACAGGGUGAAGUUCGAAGGUAUGGACAUCCCCCCUUCCAGGUCCUCACAGGAAUCCCAUCUUUCAACCCUGUCUUCCACCCCAACCUCUGUCCGCUCUCCUUCCCUGUCCUCAUCAUUGUCAUCCCCCCGUCCACCGUCUUCGUCUCUCUCCACGAGGUCUGAGGACUUGUCAGUGUCAGAGCCUGGGUUUGACGUCCAGCCCUACCUGGACCGCCUGCUGCCCUGUGUCAGUGCACUACUAUCUCGUUUUGAUCAGGUCAAUCAGAUAACUGAGGACGUUCACAACCUGGAAAUGAAACUAGAAGAGGCUCAGAUACGAAGAAGGAAGGGGUGGAUCAGUAACAAGAUCAAAGGUGCUGAAAGAUUCAAAGAGUCGGCAAAGCCAAAGGAACUGGAAAGAGAAGGAAGGGAAACAGCAGAAGUUAGAGACACAAAGAUAGGUCUUCUUCACCCCAAGCCACAAGUCUCCCUUCCAUCCUCGUUUUCUUUCUCUCACUCCACGCUUCACUACUCACCUGUAUCAGUCAGCAUCUUUCCCCGUACACGUAGCACCUCCUCCGAGUCCGAAUUAGUACCAUUCUACCCUCAAGCAUCUAGCAACAACCAUACUUCUGAAGCAGCCAAGCUUGCAUCUGGAAUUUGUGGUUUGUAUCCUGCAGGUUCUCCUGGAUUUGACAGGUUCCCCAGGAGAAGAGCUUGGCAUUCUGGGAGCUCUCACUCAGCUGAUGCAGCAAAGAGGAUCUUCCUGACCCGAGGUGGAAGUGGUCCAUGUGGCAAUGGAAGAGAAAAUGUUGCAUUCAGUAAAACUAGACCCAGAAGUGAUGAAGGGGUAGGAAAGCCUUUUAGUGAUGGAGUCCCUGUGAAGAGGAAGGCUUGGAUCUCUGAAGGAUCAGAGACUGAGCAAGACUAACCAUGUUUGCCUAUGCUGGAAGUAAACUUAGUUGACAGAUCCUGUUCUCACUGGAUCUCUGUAGCUUCACUAAAUAUUUCACAUAGAAAAGGAGAUUUUAGCACACUACACUUGGGCUCAGUACCAUUUCACCCCUUGCCCCUACAUUCUAUUUUCAAGUGUACCCCUUGGCCCUAAAAACAGAGUUACAACAUAGGGUUGAAGUAUUCCUCUACACAACGGAACAACCCUUCAGGAAACCCAAGACGUCAUCAAUAGUCGACGAUGGUUCUGACAUGAAUUUUCACAGGAUUUCUCCAUGACAACGAUUGACAACAAUAUGUCGUCCUCCGCUGUGGUAAUCUCUCUCAUGGUAAUGUUAUGUUAUGUUAUGUUAAUGAGACAACAUGCUAGCGGCUGAGCUAGCGAUUUUUAAAAAAUUGUUUUGGAGAAAAUCACCAUAUUACAUUAAAAAUGGCAUUAAAAUAAGAAUAACCAUGGUUAUCAUAAAUUAUAUUAAGAAAAUACUUGUAUUCUGAGACCUUUCUCGUAGCCCUUCAUUUGGAGUGUGCGUCUGAAAAAUCUCUGUUUUGAGGGCUAUCUAGCCCUACCCGUUCGCUUUAGCACUCUAUCGCAACAAGAAUCGGGACACCCUACCCCUAGCCGUGAAAAUGCAAAACGGAGGGGUAAGUGGUAGGGGCAAAGGGUGAAAUGGGAUUGAGCCUUGGACAUGACAGUAGGAGGUCUUUUAAAAUAAAUGUCUUGUAUGCUAA